AUGCCUACCACCUACGGCGAAGUCUCGCAAUCUGACAACGAUGACGAUGGAACCGGUCGCCCAUCGCCUUCCGCGUCGCUAUCUCCCGCACUCUCGUCCUCGCCAAUGCCCUUUCUCUCCGCCGUCAAGUCCACCUUUACGCCAUUGUCAAUGGAUAGCGAAACCUAUUCAACAAGUAUCGCAAUGGACGACGGUUCAAUCCCUUCUCGCGAUAGCCACGAGAGGGUGGCAGAGACGGCCAUAGCCGCAGCCAAGACCGGGAGCAGAGCCACACCCAGCGUUGGCGAAAUGGCCCAAUCGCUAUCCGCAGCACGAGCCACCAAACCCGACGAUUACCACCUCCUUUCCCCUGGGGAUGCCCCAUCUCCGACUUCGUCAAGCCCGACUUCAACCGACACAGGUCUCAGGCCAGUGUCUGGGCCCAGUCCGUAUUCAGAGGCCGGGCGGCAAAGAAACUUUGCGUCAAUCCCACCCCAUAACGAUAGCCCGAAAUCCCCCACUAGCCGCCCUCAACACCCUCAACAUUCAACAGAAUUGUCGUCUGAAGAACCUCUACAACCACAGGCUGUGCAAACACUCGUUAUCGUGAAGCCGAAGCCCAUCGUGCGCACCGCGUCCACUAAGAGCGUCUCGCUCCGUCAUCCAGCUCCCGACUCGAAUCCCCGAACCCGAAACUCUUCCCAUGCGAGCAACAUCGCCCAACUCGAAGCCACCGCCGAACAACUUUCCAUGACAUCCUCUAUUGAGGACGCAAUUCGAGAUUUGCAUGACGAGCAGAAGCGCAACGAAAGCAGGAGAUCGUCCAUUCUCGCUGCGAGUAUAUCCUCCAUAUACGAAACGAACGAGCCUGUCACUUUCCCCAUGUCGAGACAGAUUUCGGCUGCCAGCUCAAUACUAGAAACGAACAGCGCAGCCCGCUACGGCGGUUACUCCCCGGCAGGAUACGUCAUGUCACCCAAUAAUUCUCUACUGUCGAGUGCAACACGUAUUAGGUCCGGUUCCGGCUCGACAGGACAUCCCAGGCCAGAACCAGACGUCGAUACUCUGGUAACGAGGCAUGGCCCUGGCAAGAGCUCCAUACGGAGUGCCAGGUCUGUCAGCAAGCCCACCUUGAUGAAGAUUGCCGAAAUGGAACCAACCUCGCUUACGUCUGCCGCAAUGGAUGAGGCAGACAAGUUGGCCGAGGAGCCCGAAGAGGAAGAAACCUUGCGGAUCCCACAUAUGAAGAAUGUUGACCUGACACCAAAGGCAGGCGAGUACACGCCGAAUGGGUACGAUUACUGGGACCACGCUGUUGCUGAACAACAAUACAAACAUAACUACCAAGACGAGAGACCACGUACUGCUGGGUCGGAUGGCACCUACGAGCAGGCAGAACGAGCCUUUGCAGACUUCGAUGGAGCCCACUGUUCUCCUCAUGGCGAACUCGAGGAAUCUCUCAACUUUGAGACAUUGUUCGCGUCACCAACAACCGAGUCUUUCUUGCCGUCAUUCAACCCUGAAGGCCCAAUUAACACACCAGAGCCAGAGUCUUCGAGGCCUGUUAUGGCUCGGCCAGUUUACCCACCCACAGUGCGACCCAAGUCGUAUCUUGAUCCAGCAACAGGCGAAAAUAUGAUGUUCUACCCAGCUCGUGUACCUAUGAUGCUCAACCUACCGCUGAAGCUUUCCAAGAAGCCCAAAGCCGAGGUGCGCAAUAAUCGAAGGUCACAAGUCCUCAGCUCGAUGCCCGAGGCGAAUCGUCAGUCGUGGCUGCCAGAGUACAUGCCCGAGCCAUUGAUGGAUCCCCUGGGACCUAUAUCUAACGCCUCUGCCCCUCAGUUGCCGGCCGAUGCCAGUAUGGAGCCAGCCGAUGCAAGUAAGGAGCCAGCAACGCAGCCCCUGCUGGACGAACGAAGCGAUUCUCAACUCCAGGUUCGCCCUGAUCCCCAACCCCUCGACAGGGAAGCGCGCAAUUCACGUAUGUCCGUUCUGGGCCCGGACAAGCGGAAAUCCAGGCUAGAUUUAGCUGGACUGCCACCUCAACUUCGGGCCAGUGCUUUCUUUGACUUACCCUCAGAGUCGUCACCAGCUAUUCAACUCAAAGAUGGAUCGGCAAUGGCUACGCUCGAUAGCAUUUUGGAUGCCUCUGCCAAAGCUCCUGUGACCGCUUUCACCGACCAUGCGUUUGCUGGAACUUUAGGAUCGGAAACAUAUGGCGCUGGAAAUAAGCGCAAGUCGCACAUGAAACGGGCUAGUGCUACUGAUCUUCUUGUGCCGAAGAAACGGAAUUCCUUUUUCCAUCUUCGUAAGCUGAGUAAUCUCAGUCGUCACUCAAAUUCCCAGGAUGAGCGACGGGAUACGGUUGUUGGCGCUGGAACGGCGUCAUCAGUGAAGCGGAGCGACGAACUGGAUGAGCAAAGCCAACACUUGGCCGGUUCCGUUGAUGGCGAACAGGCUCCUGAUGACGACGGCGAGGAACAAAAUGAGGACGAAUUUCUGUACGACGACGGUGCACCAACUACCCUUUUGGCCGAACUUCAAAAACGAAAACAACAGAAUAAGCUCCGCACCCGGCCAAUCACUACCGCCUACCCUAACGGCAUGCACUCCACACUACUGGCAAUGGACACGGUUGCAGAGAUGGAGCGCAAAGCACGAAAGGGGAAGAAGAUCAACCUCGCUUGGGAGGACCCGAAUACAAAGCAAGAUGACGAGUCAGAUGACGAGGAUACGCCUUUGGGUCUGCUGAUGGCUGCCAAAUCCCAAAACACUGGAUUGAUAGGAGCGAUGGCCGAGCUGAACAGACCGCCCGGCUUGAUGGAACAACGCGACAUGGAAGAUAAUGAGCCCCUCAGUGCCCGGCGUAACCGUUUGCAGGGAAGGGAAGCAGGUCCGGUCAAGCGCAUGACUCUGGCUCGUGGCUUGAAGAUGAGUGGAGCCUUGGGAUCGUCAAGCCCUCAGCUCCGAGUAGACACUCCCGAAGAGGAUGAGGUCGAGGGUGAGACUCUGGGCGAGCGUAUGCGCCGCCUAAGGGCUCGCGAAGAAGGAGGCGAGAACGCUUUGCCUCAGACUCGACCCGUGAGCACUGCAUUCUCGGUUGAAAUGCUGAGCCAGCUUGGCGACGCAUUCAAGGAAGACACCGACGACCAAGACAAAGGCAAAGGCAAAGCCAUUGCGCAACCUACCGAGGAGGAGGAAACGUUGGGACAACGUCGGCGCCGCUUACAGGCGGAGCGCGAAGCCAAGGAACGCGAGCUGAGCAGCGGACGGCUGAGCGUCACACCUAAACUUACGAAGCGGCAUUCGCUGGCUGAUGUACUUGGGGCUACCCGUUCUCGCACUGUUCUGAGUGACCCGAGGCUCGACGCCGAGAAAGCGAAGCAAGCAGAAGCGGCUCUCUAUAAGAGGUCUCAAGAGCAGAAGCUGGCUGCACUACGACCCCAUAUGCCUUCUAACCUUAGUGCUCCGAACAUCAACAGAUCUGGAGGAUACAUGUCUGGACAGUUCAACGAUGGAGGUGCUGGACGGCUGGGCCAUCCGCGCCAUAGCAUGGCUAUGAGUGGAUUUGGUGGCAGUCAGGGAUUGCCGACCCCUGGUAUCUAUGCCAGCAAUAUGGGUAAUGCUUACGGCGCGGGAGACGUCAUGUCCAGCUAUGGCAUGCCAACGCCAAUGGCAAAUCCGUAUGGCAUGCAGAUGCAGCCAGCAGGACAGAUGGACAGAGUCGAGCGGUGGAGGCAGGGCAUAUACCCCUAA